UCGAUUUUACACCUGUUCGUCCCUUUCUCUCCUCGCCGGCGGGGACAAGGCGGCGCGGAACCCCGCGGCGGGGCGCGGCCCCUUUAAGAGGAGCCCACAGGCGAGGCAUGGAGCCCCCUCCCGAGAGCUCACAGGAGGCCCCGACCAUGGCGGACGCUGCUGCCGACUUCCUGAGCCUCAUCGGGCUGAAGGAGCUGGAGUGGUGCCUGUUUGCUGAGACGCUGGCAGUGGUGGCCGUGGGGGCCUCACCAAGGGACAAGGCAGAGGGCCAGUGGUGGAUGGCAGCCCAGUGGGCACCCUACCAGCGGGAAGGUGAGCCGAUGCAGAGCUGCGUCCUGGUGCAAACCAGGUUCCGAGGCAAGCAGGAUGAUGUCCCUGCCUCCAGCACGCUCAAAGCCUAUGUGACCUGGCAGCUGGAGACCCUGGAGCAGGAGGAGCAGGAGUGCCUGGAGGUGACUGAUACAGUGGUGGCAUGUCCUCUUCCCUGUGUCCUACCUGCUGGCCUGGGGUGUGCCCUGCACUGGCACCUUCCUGGGGGCUGUGCACCCUGCAAAGCUACUCUCAGACCACACCCCACAGAGAAGAUGACUCACAUUGUGAGCCACGAGCAUGGGAUGACUGUCACGAAGACCCUGCAGGAGGGAGAGGCAGAGCCACAGUGCCAGAGCUUCCACUACAGCCGGGCCAAGCUGCGGGGGCUGCUGCUGGAGGGUGCCAGCCUCCUGCUGCUGCGGGUGCUGGCACGCCGGCAGACAAUGCCCCCAGACCUUGUCUUCCCAGCCAUCAACACCGAGGGUGACCUCUGCACCUGCAGCUAUUCUGCCCUGGGCAUCCAGCGGCAGGCAGUGGGCUCGGCAGAGACAGAGGUGUUUGUGAUCGAGCGAGCCGUGCACACCAGCACGGGCGCCUCCACUGUCUGGCACAGCAGCUUCCUCCCCAACGGGCAUUUGGCUCAGCUGAUGCAGAUUGGCUCCCCGGUGCUGAUGCUUCUACAGGAUGAGUCCAUCCUCAUCAAUUCAGGUAGGUUUGAGCCCCAGCUCCCCUUCCCCAAAGAGCCCCGGGACUGGGAGGAGGACAUCCAGCUCUGCUCCUGCUUCCUGGACAGGAAGGAGGAGCUGCAACUAUCCCAUGCUGCCUACCUCCAGCAGCACCCCGAGGUCCGGGCACUGCUGUCUGACUUCCUACGGGCAUUGCUCCUCCAGCAGCCACAGGACCCCAUCUCCUUUGCUGCAGAAUUCUUUGCCUACCAGCGGCCCAUUGGGACCCCCUUUGCCUCCACUGGGGCUACCAGCCCCCUCCCCAACUCCUCACCUGGCCACCCUCCAGCUGACAGCAAAUAAAGCAGCCAGCACUGCC